GAUAUGAUUUCACGUACUGAAUCUAAACAUUGUUUACAUAAAUGUUGAUUCAAAAUGACCACGAAUAGUCCAGUUAGUAUGGUUCUGUCGGCAUCAGUACUUGGAAAGACAAAGACAACUCAACCGCAGCAACCACAACCUUUAAAGAUUUCAAGCGAUAUUCUGGACGAUUUGGGAAGCCGAUUUAUUAUCAAUGUUCCUGUUGAAGAGCGAGAGAAUCUCAUCCGGAUUUGCUUCCAAAUCGAGUUGGCACAUUGGUUCUAUCUAGAUUUUUAUUGUUCGGUUCAAAAACAAAAAUGUGGCAUCAAACAAUUUGCUUUUCAGCUCUUUGAGCAUAUACCCUUCUUAAGACCACACUUGAUUUCGGUGGAUACGAUUUUGGAUGAUUGGAAACAGUAUAAGCUGACUGUGCCAACAUAUGGAGCAAUACUUCUAUCCGAAGAUUUGAAACAUGUUUUGUUAGUUCAAUCUUUCUGGGCAAAAUCGUCGUGGGGUUUCCCGAAAGGAAAAAUCAACGAAAAUGAAGAGCCUCUAAACUGUGCUAUCCGGGAGGUGUAUGAAGAAACAGGUUACGAUAUAAAAAAUUUGAUUGUGCCCAGCGAAUACAUAGAGUUAGUUAUUAAUUACCAAUAUACUAGACUCUACUUAGUCAGUGGUGUACCGUUUUCAACGGUAUUUUCACCCCGCACAAGAAAUGAAAUAAAAUGUUGCGAAUGGUUUCCGAUCGAGCUGCUUCCAGUAACUAAGAACGAUAAUUUUGUCAAAAACAAUCUCAGUUUAAACGGAAAUUCGUUCUUUAUGAUACUGCCGUUUAUCAAACGUUUGAAAAAAUGGUUGGAAAAACUACAGAAGAGCAAGCAUAAGGGAGGAACCAAUAAAUCGCCAGUUUUCAGCUCAGCAGGCAAACAGAAUAGUAAAUAUUCAGGGAAUUCAGUAAGUCAAACUCAACCCAACAACAACCGACAACGACAAAGACACAAGUCUUUGGGUGACAUCGAACAGCAACAGCGAUCUAAAUCCAGUGGAUCCCAACAGGUUACAAACACCCAAUUGAAUCAGUCGAAUUCCAUCCAAAACACUCCCAAUGCCUCUACUUCGACGGCAGAUGGAUAUAAAUAUUUUUUAAGUGAAUCGGUUGAAACACAGCUCAGUACCUCAACUUCAAAUAAAAAAUCUGUGAAGAAACAGGUUCAUCACGAGGUCGGAGUAAAUAAUUCCAUUACUGGUACAGGGGGAGGUGGGCGAUCACAAACUAAGAGAAAACUGUUCGAGGCUGUUCCGAAUGCAGAUGUGCAGAUUGAGAUUGCCAAUAAGGAUCCUUAUGCCAUGUUUGACGUUAGCACAGCAUGGAUGGGAUUUAAACUUGACUACAGUAAAUUUGUGUAAAUUGUUUUUUAUUAUAGCCCAGCUGUGAUCGACUAUUAUGUAGUGCUGUGGACGUGUUUCAUCUUUUGACAUCAUUUUUAACAACUCAACCAUUUCAUAGUUGUUUGAUUUUUAUGAAUCAAAUACAAAUAAAUAUUAUUGUUGUAAAUUGAGGAAAUUUGAAUAAAAAGAACAUGAC